UGAGAACAGCUGCCACUUGAAAAGGACGGCUCGAGCUCAUCUGUGAUUAGAAGAUCUGACCUCUGGCCAGGUCCAUGAUGGGUUCUUUUCGAAGACCUCGUUUCAUGAGUUCCCCUGUGCUGACAGACCUGGCCCGGUUUCAUGCCAGUUCACCCACACUGCAGCUGUCUAACACAAGUGUCUGGAACAGCGUUCAGACUGCUGUAAUCAAGGUGUUUCAUGGAGGAGGCUUACAGGCCAAUGAGCUGUACACCCUUAAUGAGAGCAUCAGGUGGCUCCUGAAGACAGAACUGGGCUCAUUCAUCAUGGAAUACUUCCAGAAUCAGCCUUUGAACAAAGGUCUGUCAUAUAUUUUGGAGAGUAUUCAGCUUUAUGGAGGUGAAAAUUAUCUACAAACGCUGUCAGAGAUGUGGGUACGGUUCUUCACAGAAAUCCUGCCAACUCUUCAAGCUAUAUUCUAUCCUGUUCAGGGCCAGGAGAUGACAGUUAGACAGAUGAUCCUGCUGAGCUUCAGAGAUGUGGUGCUAUUAAAACUUCCACUGGAGGACCACCUACACACGUCUCCACUGCCUCCUGCCAUCCCUCAGAUGCUCCUCGUCCUGCAGGGUGUCCAUGAGCCCAACGGACCAACUGAACAGUACUACUUGCUGGAGAGACUGGUGGAGAUGGUCGUAUCUCCUUACCUUGGGAACUACCGUUACCAGAGCCCUAAAGACUGUUCUCCGGAAUAUUGCUUGGUGCAUUCUGGAUUGGCAGGUAUGACACCGUUCAGCCAGCCAGAGAUCACCGUCACCCAGUUUGCCACGGACUCUCUGCUUGCUCCGCUGGUGGAGCAAGAAGGUGAAGCUUACCUGGAGAAGGUGGGUGGUGUACGACGUCACACGGUCGCCAACGUCCACUCAGACAUUCAGCUGCUCUCCACCUCCAACAGGAUAUGUCCUGGGAAGGCAGAGAAGAACAGGCGGAGCAAGUCCACCAAAACCGCACGCAAUGGUGGUUCCAGCACUUUCUCUAGUGAGCUGGAUGUCCUGGAGACAUCCUCAGCUUUGUCAGAAUUCUCCAGGAAACAGAGUUCAGCUAAAAUAAGCUAA